CCGAAAGAAAUUAGAAAAAUCCACCGGAAGAUAAAUCUUCAGUGUGAAGCGUGAAGGUGUCUUUCUCAUCUAGAUUCUACUUUCGAUUUUAGGCCUACAAGUCUGCACACUGCACAGGUAGAUCAAUCAAGGAGCUUGCCUUACUAAUUAUUUCUAAAUACCGUCAUGAGUUUUAUUACUCGUCAAAUUUUCCGGAGUCAUGGAACUUCAUUUUGUAGACUUGCUUUCGCAAGAAUGUUGUCACAAGAAGGGACAGUUAACAUCGAUGCAAUGGUGAAGGAUGCAGGGAAACCGAUUUUUGUCUUCAUGAAGGGCACUCCUGAAGCUCCUCGAUGCGGAUUCAGUAAUGCUGUUUGUCAGAUCCUUCGGUUCCACGGAGUUGACAAUUUUGGAACAUUUGACGUUUUAUCGGAUGAUGACGUCAGACAAGGAGUCAAAGAUCACACCAACUGGCCCACAAUUCCCCAAGUAUUCUUCAACGGCGAGUUCAUCGGUGGCUGUGACAUCAUGCUGGACAUGCACAAGAAUGGGGAGCUCAUUGACGAGCUCCAGAAGCUGGGCAUUAGAUCUGUGCUGCUGGAUGCGGAAGACGGCGAUAAGAAAUCAUGAACUAUAAAACUUAUCCGCCAUUGAUUGUGUAUUAUACAUUUACACUUGUCACCUGUGCCUCAGCUGACUUACUCGUGCCUCUUCAGCUGGAGCACAUGUAGUUAGUAAAUUUUGUUUUAUUGGAAUGGAACUGGAAUUAUAUGUUUCAACAAGUACAAUGUUUAAUAAGCAGAUGUUUCAGAAAUUUUCUUUGCAGCGUAACCAUCAUUUUUUUGUUUCUCAUUUACAAUCUUUCUGUGAUUAUGUUCAUUUCUUACUGAGAUAGAAUAGAUAGACACAUGCAUGCUCAUAUGACCUGAUGUUGGUGCUAGUGCCGUAAAACUCUAACCAAACAUAGAUCAUAGACGGAUGAAAAUGUCACAACAAAUUUGAUGUUUUGUAUGCAGUUGAAUCUGUGUAUUUUCAACUUCUAUUGAAGAGGAGUUUUGUGCCAGCAAAUGUUAGGUCCAAAUGAGAUAAUGCAAUGAUGAUAAGUCGGUGCUAGUUUAGUUGAAGGUCUACUACUGGUCUGGUCUGACAACUGGUUUAUUUAAGGUCUACCAGUUUAUAUAGCCCUUUGGAUUUGUGACAAAGAUCAGUUUAUAUUAAUGAUAUUAUAUAGAUCUAUUCACUUUGCGUAUACAAGAUUGGAACUGUCAUAAGCCAUAUUAAAAAUGUUUUGGUGGUUGUAGUUUGUCAGGGUUGGGAAUGGGAAGAUCUUGUGUGUGUGUGUGGGGGGGGGGUGCCCCCUUGAUUUCUAAAAAAUAGUUUUGUCUGGGCACUUAUCGCAAUUUACUUGCCAAUCAUAAUAUUUACCAUCUCAAAAAUUCUAUCAUCUAAAUGAUGCAGCAAAAUGAAGCAAUCCACAAACUGCAUCUCAGUGUCACAUGACCAUUUUUGGUCUAAAUGUCACCAAUGCUGUCCUUGCCAUCACCAAUCAGGAUGGACUUACACUACGCUAGAUCUAGAUCUGCCUAAAUGGCAUUAGACCAUGGUCAAUCAGGUGGGAGUCACGAUAGACCGUCGUAGUGCAGUAAAUCGUCAACUAAAACAGUACCGCUAAGUCUUUCUUGGAAAAAAAAUGUGCCGUGUUGUGUCGGUAGUUUUUACUAGUGUAUCAAGGAGGACUACCUUCUGACUUUUGUUCCCAUAGUUCAGGCUUUCACUGGGUUUGUUUGUUGUUGUUUUUUCUGAACUUUUUAUUGCUUGUUUCAUUAUCAGGCUAUGUUUAUUUUGAAUGUUGUAGCAAGCUGCACCCAAAAUGUUUAACAUUUUCCAAGUUUUUUUUAGAGGAACACCAGGGAUGCAGUGAAUCAAAUGUUGUGAACAUUUACUCCUUAAGAGUUAUUUCACAAAGUCAAAUUAUUAUAUUUAAGUAUGGUACAUAUUGGCACAUCUAGGAGACCUCUGCAUAAAAUGGAGCAACGAUUUCAUGGACAUUUUGAGUUCUUCGAGGUCUUUUAAAAAUGUCUUUCCCAAUAUCUGCUGUCUUUCUCUUAUUCAUGUAAAUCACUGCUCUUGUUUUUUAAAAUUAGGGUGGACGUCUAUUUAUAAAAAUUAAAGGCAACUCGACUGCAGUUUUCAGAAAAAAAACCCAACUUAUUCUGACAUUGAUCUUGCUUUUUCAAUUUGUUGCAAUUGCCAUAUUUCCGUUUGACUUGGUUUAAAAAUGGAUUUGGAAUACUUUGACUUUUUAAAAAAAUUGAAUGAUCAUGUAAAUCUUUUGAGUCAUAAGUACAAUGUAUAAAUCUGCAAGUAAACCUGAUCACACAAUUGGCUACAACAUUACCUUUGUGAAUCCCUUGAAUUGGAGGGAAAAGCCCAUUAAAACGUUGUUAUUUCACGUUAA